AUGGAGACCAAGAAUGUAGCCAGCCGAGGAGAGUUCCGCAAAUACUUGCCCGACUUGUCAACACCUCGAUUUGUCGCGAUGCAGAAACAAGAUGCGCGCUCAUAUGCAGCCGAUUUCAAGAAUAACAAAAACCCGCCAUGGCUGCACGCAUUAUGGGAGCACUGGAAAGAUCUCUAUAAGGAGCCUUUCAGGGGUGUAACAAGUGAUGGGGUUGUAAAACAAGACUUGUUUAGCUUGGAAGACAACCAAGUCCCUGUUUGUGAUAUCAGCACGGCUGCAAGACAAGUUCUUGACGCCUUGGACGAGACGGAGACGAAAAAGACACUUCAUCAUCUGGAUGACCCGCAAUGGCGUACUUGGUCGAAUCCCGAGUUUCUUUUAAGUGACAAGGGAUUGAGGUUAGACGAAAUCGACGCUGACCUGAGGGACAAGAUCCUUGAGGUUCUCCGUCUCACCUUUUCACCAGAUGGAUUUGCCAAAGCAAGAUCAGCAAUGCGACUCAAUGGAUUUCUCGGAGACUUGGUCAACGCAAAGCGAGUGUGCAAUGAAUUCUCAUACAACUUUGCCAUCUUCGGGUAUCCCUCUGAGAAUAAGCCUUGGGGCUUUAGCUUCUACGGUCACCAUCUUUGUCUCAACAUUUUCUUGUACCAAUCGCAACUCAUUAUCUCCCCUUGGUUCACGGGUGCGGAGCCCAAUGAGAUCGACGCUGGUCCUUUUGCUGGCACCACUAUUCUACAGCGAGAGGACAGGCUUGGGCUUGAGCUUAUGCAGUCACUGCCAGCGGCACAGCAGAGCAAGGCUCAGAUUUACAAGCUCCUACGGGACCCUUGUAUGCCGGUAGGGCUUUGGAACCGAGAUGACCAACGACACCUUUGCGGAGCAUACAGGGAUAAUCGCGUAGUUCCAUACGAAGGCAUCACAGUAUCUUGUAUGAGUGGCGAACAAGUCGGCUUGGUAGAAGCUAUUCUUGAAGAAUUUCUGCUCUAUCUCCCCUCCCAGUCCAGAAAGGCCAAGAUGAAUGACAUACGUACCUACUACGACGAGACGUAUUUCUGCUGGAUCGGGGGGUUCACAGAAUCCGAUGCCUUCUAUUACAGGAUUCAAAGUCCUGUUAUCAUUAUCGAGUUUGACCAUCAUUCUGGCGUCUUUCUCAACAAUAGCGAGCCAGCGAGGUUUCACAUUCACACGCUUCUUCGAACGCCAAAUGGGGGCGAUUACGGAAAGGCAUUGAUUCCGUUGAUUCCGGGUGAGGAACAACGGUUUGUCUGGGAGGAUCACGGGAGUAACGCCGUAGCCAAGCAGAACGGAUUCCAGGAGAAAUAG